AUGUGGGUUGCUGAUACCCUGUCAAGAGCAAGUGUUGGAAAAUCUAAACAGGAGGAAGAAAAAGAAGCAUUUGUCAUUGGUUUGAUUAAGAACAUGCCUAUUUCUGAUAAAAAAUGUGACAUUGUUCGCAAAGAAACCGAAAAAGAUGAAGAACUGAAGGCAGUAUGCGAGUGGAUAGAUGAAGGAUGUCCCAAAACUAAAGAUCCGUUGCUUGGAAGAUAUGAGUCGGUUAAGGACGAACUGACAUUUUGUGAUGGAAUUAUCUUCAAAGGAUGUCAGAUAGUAGUACUUAAGUCCUUAAGGAUGGACAUGUUAAGGAAAAUACAUUAUGCUCACCAAGGGAUGACAAAAUGUUGUGCCAAAGCUAAAGGGCUUCUUUAUUGGCCAAACAUGAAAAAUGACAUUAAAAAUAUGGUAAAACAUUGUGAGAUAUGUCAAAAAUAUGCCAAUUCCCAAUGCAAGGAGCCUAUGGUGUUGCAGGAGGUAGCAGAAGGACCAUGGAGUUGCAGGGCUUGA